AUUGAAUAUUACAUCUAAGAAUAAAAUAAUGGAGGAGUUUGUAAACAGCAUCGAAUCGCAGGUUAUCCCGAUAACCGUUAUUGACACGCAGGGGUCGUUCUCAAACAUCCCGUUCGUAUUUUUUUAUGAGAACACCGAGGCAUCGGAUAGCUUCAUGUUGUCGGAUUCCCUGCGCAACUCGUUUUUUCGUACGAUGCAGCAGAUCCCAAUGUUUGCCGGGCACAUCCGCACAGAGGGGCGCGGGCGAGUCAGCGUAGUCGUGGACAAGGACAACAUCAAUAUGCCCGACUACAGAGAAAGCAACAGCGACGUGCAUUUUGACGACCUCAAGUCGGCCAAGUUCCGCUGGAGUGCGUGGCCGGAUGGCGUAAACACCGCUGGGCCGAUGACCGCGGCCGACGAAAACGGCGAAAUAAAGCUGAUAAACGUGCACGUAAUCAGGCUCCAAGCUAACAGUGGUGUGAUGGUGUAUGUGAGUAUGGUUCACUAUGUUGUGGACGGGCCGGCGCACAUGCAAAUUAUAAAGCGCUGGUGCGAAAUUCACCAGCUAAUGAAGAGCGACCAAGCCGAGAAGAUAGCCGACAUGCAGCCAUUCAUUACGGACCGUUCUUCGAUUCAGCACUACCUUCCAAAGGAGCGCGCCCAGCUUCACAAAGAAACCGCAAAGACGUUUGAGGGAUUCAGCAUUGUUGCCGAGUGGAUGGCAUGGAUUUCGCCCAAGUUGCGCGGGUACAUAAUAAGCAAAGUAAUUGAGCGCCAAAACGCCAAAGCGCAUCUUUUUCACGUUUCGCGCGCGGCAUUCGAGUCAUUGCGGGACUCGAUCAGCGGGUACAUUCCGGACAUCGACAAGAUAUCCGACAACGAGCUUAUGCUGUCGCUGACAUCCAAGACCAGAGCACAGGCGCAAAGCGUGGUUGAGAGCCGCAUUAAGGGUGCCGUUCAACCUGCUGUCGAUACCCCAAGCAAGGGGACCGUGCCUGUGGCAGUCAUCUUUGAGGUGCGCGACCAUUUGGGACUCUCUGACAAGCUAUAUGCCGGAAAUAUACUGAUCCCCAAGAUCAUGUGUUGCCCAGUUGCUGAGCUCGAGUCUGCGACCACUGUAGAGUCCCUGUCCAGAACGCUCACAGAUUUUAGACAGGUCACCAAAGACAUUACCCUACCGUACAUCGCCAGCCACAUGGACAUGGUUGCUUCGCGCCCGUCCUCGUUUGCAAAGCCGCUGGCGCGCUUCAUGAACCACAAAAGUGCUAUGACUUUUGUGUACGACGUGAUGCCCGACAUGUACCAGGGGGACUUUGGCUAUGGCCGUCCGGCGUGGGUGAGCCCAAUCAAAGAGUUCCGUGCCAACGGCGUGUUGUUGUUAACCAGUCAGGACUCCAGCGAUGGCAUCGAUGUUUUUAUGACUGCAUUACCUGACGUGAUGAAAGAAAUACUCAAAAACGAGUUUUGGACCAACGUCGCUAAGCGCAUCUACUGAGCCAGAGCGGCAUAUCUGGCCAACUACACUAUCAUUAUUGAUAUCCAGUUGACU